AUGACGUUCCUCGCGAGCGUUAUUUAUACAAAUAUGCGACAGGCGAGGGAGUUUUAUCGUGGCCUUACUCCCAACGUUGCUAUGAAAUUCAUGAAGCGCUUGGCCGUACUGGCGGUAGUGCUUGCGGGGCUCGGUGCGACCGUGGUAGCGCAGUCCACCAGUGCAUCUGCUGUUCAAGACAAUCCGGAUGUAAAGAUUCAGCCUUCAACAUUCACCGUUCCUGGGGCGUUUCCAACGUCGGUAUAUGCCAAGUACUACAACAAUCCGACAGCUACAGAUGCACAAGUUCAACCGGUUAUCUCAGACCCGAUUACGCACAAGACAUACCCUCUCUCGCUCACUAAUCCCGACUCCAUUCCAGUCAACAACACUGUCGAUCCUCAUCCUCUACCUCCUAAAGCACCUGCCUCUCAUCUAUUUGCACAAGCCGUAGCCCAAAUCAAAUCAAUUGCAGCAAAUCCGACUUUCGGUUCCCCUUGUGCUAAAUGUCAAGCGGGGCUGGGGAUAGCCAAGUUCCUGGCGUUAGCUGCCCCAGCUGAGGGUCCGAAACUUGCUGUUGAGCUUUGCGAGUACUUCAAACUUUCGAAUACGUGCGAAUCGACUUUUGGGAGGCUUGGUAUCGGGUCCGUGAUCACUCAAGUCGUUGCAAAUGCGGACGCUUCUGGGCUGGACGGGCAGAUGCUUUGUCAAAAUUUCUUCAACCUCUGUCCACUCCCACCAGCUUCUCCGCUUAACCUGACUAGUUGGUUCAAGAAGCCAAAGCCAAGCCCGCUUCCGCCUCCGAAGAAACCUACUGGAAAGAGGCUGAAGGUUCUUCAUCUUUCAGACUUACAUAUCGAUCCCAGAUACGCAACUGGGUCUGAGGCGAACUGCACAUCAGGUCCGUGUUGUCGGGAGAAUGUGGUUAGUCCUCAUCAGAUCUUGUUCCCGGCUCCACGAUUCGGUGCUUUUCACUGUGACACACCGUUCUCUCUCGCCAUGGCGGCGAUGGAAGCUAUCCCGCCUUUGACGGGAACCAAAGACGGUGGUUUCGCGUGGACGAUUUAUACAGGAGAUUUGGUAUCUCAUGAUUCAGACAAUCAGCUGUCGAGAGAUUAUGUGACAUACACAGAGACUCUGGUAUAUGAUCUAUUCAAGAGAAUGCUCGGCUCAGGACCGGUAUAUGCAGCUCUUGGGAAUCAUGAUAGUUAUAAUCAAGCCCAGGACUCCCCUCAUUCACUAGGAAAACCAUUGGCUGAUCAGUUCAGUUGGAACUACGAUCAUGUUGCCUCACUCUGGGAACACGAGGAAUGGUUACCGGAAGCUGCGGUACAGCUAGCCCGAGCCCACUAUGCUUCGUACAUGGUCAAGAGGUCCGAUAAGUUGCGAGUUAUUGCGCUUAAUACUAACCUUUGGUAUCGAGCGAAUUUCUUCAACUAUAUCAACAUGACAGAUCCGGAUGUCUCUGGGAUGCUGAGGUUCCUCACGGAUGAAUUACAGGAUGCGGAGGAUUCGGGGGAUCGAGUCUGGAUAAUCGGACACGUUUUGAGUGGAUGGGAUGGCUCGAAUCCUUUGACGAACCCAACCAAUCUAUUUUAUCAGAUGUACGUAGAUGUUACUGGCCCUUCACUGGCUGAUACGGAUUUUGUGGUGCACAGUGUUGACAGGUUCUCUCCGCAUGUCAUUUCCGCUAUUUUUUGGGGGCACACUCAUGAAGAUCAACUUUCGAUAUUCUAUGCCAACAAUGGGACCGCAAUGAAUGCCAACACAGCUAAUGCUGUUGCUUGGGUUGGACCUUCAUUGACGCCCAUUACUGGCUUGAACAGUGGUUUCAGGGUUUACGAAGUUGACUCCGAGACGUUCGACGUCCUCGAUGCGUACACGUGGUCAAGCGAUGUGAGCGAAUACCCUGAACUGGACUCUCAGAUUGAGAGAGGACCUGUCUAUACGUAUGAGUACAGUACUCGCGAAGCGUAUGGCAAGACGAUAUCGGAUUGGGGUCCCAAUGACCCCUUGAAUGCCACAUGGUGGCAUCUAGUCACCGAAGCGAUGGAAGCGAAUCACACGCUUGUUCAGACAUUCACGACAUUCCAAGGCAAAAGCAGCGCGCGCACUCCUAAUUGUACGACGGACGAUUGCGUUGCUGCGAAGAUUUGUUACAUGCGUAGUGGAAUGGACCUACUACCAGUUACAUCCCCCUCGAUAAUCCCUGUUCUCAAGCCUACCAAACAACUAGAAAUGGCUUCCGUCGACCACGCCGCCUCGUACGCUGCACUUAUCCUUGCUGAUGACGGGGUCGAAAUUACGUCGGACAAAAUCCUCUUGCUUACCGGUGCUGCCGGUGUCGAACUCGAGCCUAUAUGGGCGAACCUACUUGCUAAGGCACUUGUAGGAAAAGAUGUGAGAGAGCUGCUUUCUAACGUUGGAUCUGGUGGUGGAGCACCCGCUGCCGCUGCCGGGGGAGCAACUGCUGCUGCUGGCGGUGCCGCAGAAGCACCGAAAGAAGAAGAGAAGGAGGAGGAGAAGGAGGAGUCAGAUGAUGAUAUGGGUUUCGGUCUUUUCGAUUAG